AUGUCGCCGUCUUACGGCAGUUUUGGUAAUACUAAGAUUAAUAUUGAUACUAUUAAGAAGCUUAAUAAUAACAAUAACGAAAAUCAAGAUGUCGUUGAUGCCCUCGAAGACAAUGACAGCGGUAUGUCAUCCGAAGAAACCGACGAAUCUCUUAAACUUAAUUUAAGCCCUAACAAUAAUGAUAACGUAAGUAAAAACUUAAGUUCAAUUGUAGACGAUAAACAAGAAGUAAUAACGAAGUGCCUAACUAUAGAACCUCAUUGUGCUGAGCACAGGAAUGAGAUUCCGAGUUGUUCGACCGAUGUUAAUCAUGUAAGUGUUUUUAUUGGAGACGAGAAUGCCAGGUCUCACCAGGCGGAGCCUAAAGAUCUGAAUGUUGAUAAAAGUGUUUCAGAAUAUAUUGUGAUAGAUCUGACAUGUGAUGUCGACAAUGUUCGUACGUUGUCUAAAGCUAAAGGUAAAAAGAAGAAGGUUGUCGGUACAAAAAAACGUAACGUUGAUUGUGAUUAUUCAAGUAUACCUAGCGUAGCAUCUAGCCAAAGUUUAGUUCCUGUUGCGAACAACGAGAUCGCUAAUACCGAGAACCAGAAGUUGCUCAGCUUGUCUCUCUCAAUACUUCUCGCUGCCUUGCUGCAAGCGAUGCGCUGUUUCGCCCAGUUCUUAGAAGAUAUUGUGGUUCCUCAGCGGUAAUAACUAAUUAUAUUGUGUUCCUUUGUAUUUUUGGUGCAGUAUUCACUAUUAUAUUAUUAUUAAUAUUAUAAAAUAUCAAUGACAUUAUAUUUAAUUACAUUGUAA